CUUAGUGGCUGGUGCACGGGUUGAACGUCCUUUCACUCCGACAUCUUGACGGUGGGACAUCAUGCCUCCUAAGGACGCCAAGGGGAAGGGGAAGGAUUCUGGGAAGUCCAAAAAGGACAAGGAUCCAGCCAAUAAAUCUGGAGGCAAAGCCAAAAAGAAGAAGUGGUCCAAGGGAAAGGUGAGGGAUAAGCUCAACAACCUGGUCCUCUUCGACAAGGCCACCUACGAAAAGUUGAACAAGGAAGUGCCCAACUACAAGCUCAUCACACCAGCAGUCGUGUCAGAGAGGCUAAAGAUCAGAGGCUCUCUGGCCAGGGCUGCCCUCCAGGAACUGCUCAGCAAAGGCAUGAUCAAGUUGGUGUCAAAACAUAGAUCGCAGGUGAUCUACACGCGUAACACCAAGGGUCCCGAGGAGGAGGGUGGUGUUGUGGUUCCAGACAAGCCAGAGAAGCCUGAGAAGGCAGCUAAGGCAUCGAAGGCAGAGAAGGGAGAGAAGGAAGAGAAAGCAUAAACUGGUAUGCAGUAUGCUAGUACUCCUGUUGGAACUAGCCUACAUUCUAUUAAAAAUCACUGAAGAUCGCUCAACUACAAUUCAUUGUUGAUUUUUAAUGUUUUAGCAUAAAUGUAAACACAUAACAUGUUAACAGGGCAUGUUGGAGGACUACUGCUAAAAAUCCCAUCUAAAACCAUGUUUGUUUUCAGGUUGUGCUCUUGUGAUUCCUGCGUUCAGAUGUGUGAUGUAAGGUGAAUAAAAUUCUGAAAAUACA